GUGAUGCCAGUACCAAGAUGACAUGGUGAGGCCGGCAUGAUGCCUUGGGGAGCGGGCUUGCGGGCGCCUCUGCCCACAGUGCCUCGCGCCCACCACGCCCACACACGCACACGCCCGCGCAUCCUCCUCCAUAUUGUGCUUUUGACCUUACCACUACUGGUCGUGGGGGCCUCAAGCGAGUCCACCCGCCCUAAGUUAGGUUCACUGCAGUUCCUAAGAGCCACCUACAAUGUCAGCAUAUACGAGAACUCUUUGCCCAGGACAUAUGUGGUGGGGGAGCAGCUUAUGGGCGUGGCGUUGGACGACUUACCCCCCUCCGCCCACGUCACCUACGACAUAGUGGAGGGCGACCAGGAUGGCUUCUUCACUGCUGAGGAGGAGAUGGUGGGUGGCGUGGCUGUGUUGAAGAUGAGGACGAGGACGGGCCUGCGAGACGUGCUCAACAGAGAGCGACGUGCGCGCUACUUCCUGGUUAUCCAGGCCAAAGUGAGAAACUCCGGCCAUAGAGGCGCAGCCCUCAAGGCAAGGACCAACGUGACAGUGACAGUGUUGGACACCAAUGACAAUAUACCGUUAUUUUACCCGACAGUGUACCAGGUGAGUGUGGGCGAGGACUCCUCUCUCCACACGCCUCUCAUCUCCGUCACAGCACACGACGCCGACGCUGGCUACAACGGCCAGGUGUAUUAUUCACUAGAUGAUCACAAUACCAACUUAUUCGCCGUCCACCCGACAACGGGGGUUUUGAGUGUCACGCGGCCGCUGUCUCACGCGUAUGGGCGUGUUCAUAAAGUUGUAGUUUUGGCUCAGGACAGAGGGCCGCAGCCACGCCACCUCCGGGCUGCAUCUGCGGCUCGUGCCACUGUGGAAGUCCAAGUGCAUCAGGUCAACCUCCAUCCGCCGCGCAUCACCGUACAACACUUGCCGCAUGUGGUGGAACACUCACAUACACACAUCUAUGCUAUCAUCACUGUUGACGACCCGGACGAGGGAGAGAGUGGCAGGGUAGAUAAAGUAGACAUCGUUAGCGGCGACCCCGACCGACUCUUCAGUAUUACUCGUGGUUCAAAAUCUAAAGAAUAUAAUUUGGCGGUCCUGAAGCUGCUGGAUCGCGAGCUGGCUCCUGAGGGCUACAACUUGACACUUCAGGCCGUCGACAGUGGCAUUCCUUCGCGCAAGACCCGAGUCAGCGUACACGUAAACAUUGCUGACGUGAACGAUCAUGCACCUGUGUUUGCCCGAGAGCAGUAUGAAGAGGCGGUGAGCGAGGAGGCGCCGCCAAACACACCCGUUGUCAAGGUGGCUGCCUCAGACACUGACCAGGGUAUCAAUGGAAGAGUUCUCUUCAGAAUAGUCGCUGGCAACGAGGACGACAAAUUCAAUAUUAACCCCCGGACAGGCCUUAUAUCCACAGCAGACUGGCUAGAUCAUGAGAUGACUGCUUACUACAGCGUGACUGUCGCCGCCGUAGACCAGGCCAGUAAUGCUCGCAGAAAACAGUCAUCCGCCAAGGUUAUCAUCCGUGUACUGGACGCCAACGACAAUGCACCAGAAUUUAACACCCCGAACACAGAGGUCACGCUGGACGAGAAUGAGCCGGUAGGGUCAUACGUCACACGGAUGGUUGCCUCAGAUGUGGACUCUGGGGAGAACGGCUUCAUAUCCUACAGUAUUGCCAACCUUGACCAAGUACCUUUUGUUAUUGACCCUUUUGAUGGCACAGUUAGUACCUCCUCCGUUUUGGAUUACGAAGCCCAGCGACGCGUUUAUACUAUUAAAGUUCGGGCCUCCGACUGGGGGACACCUUUCAAACGGGAAACAGAAACUACUGUGAAGGUCAAAGUUCGUGAUGUCAAUGACAACCGGCCACAGUUUGAGGGCAUAGAGUGCAAGGGGUGGGUGUCGGUGGACGCACCAGUCGGCACCAAUGUUCUCACACUCUCGGCUCUGGACCUUGACAACGCCAGCAUAGUGAGCUAUAAACUACAGAACGACAUGGAAGAGGAAUGUUGGGCCAUGGACGCAUCCUCAGGUGUACUUGCUCUCACUUGUGAUCUCAGGAAAUCUUUAAUAAUAAGUGAGAGACAAAAGACCUACGUUCUAAACGUGACGGCUACCGACGGUUCCCACAUAUCAGACCCAACAAGUGUGACAGUGGCGGUCAUUACCCAGCUGAACGAGGACCAGACCAGCGUAAGGCAGCACUAUCAUGUGGAGUGUCAUGAGACGGGCAUCGGCACUAAGGCCGCGGAGGUGGAAGCUGCAGCCGCUGAGAACAACGCCGCGGCAGAACACUACGCCCUCUUGCCCCUCCGCUACGGCUACAAUUCCCACGCUCCGGAUCUCCCAAGAAAACUCCCCAGCGUUAUAAGGGUUCGCGAGGACGCCGAGAUUGGCACUAAGAUUCUGACUGUGGAAGCUCAUGACCACGACAGAGGUCAUAAUGGGAGGGUAGUGUACGCUGUGUCCGACGGGGACACCGACUCUGUUUUCAAGAUCGGGGUGGAGUCUGGAGUACUGGAGGUGGUGGCAGAACUGGACAGAGAGCGAACUCCAGAAUUUUCUCUCAACAUUACUGUGUAUGACCUUGGAGUUCCUCAUAAGAGCGUGUCAAGAAAUCUAACAGUUCUUAUUGUUGAUGUAAAUGAUAAUGCUCCGGAGUUCAGCCGCGUGAGUUACAGUCUUCAUUUGCCUGAAAACACUCGUAACGGUACCAGCGUGGCACAACUGAGCGCCCAAGAUGCUGAUGAAGGUCUCAACGCUCAAAUAACCUACGAACUUGUGACAGAUGUAGAAGAAUUUACAGUUGACCGAGCAACAGGUGUGGUGUACAUGUCUGGCGGGCUGGACCGUGAGCGCCGCAGUGAGUAUGACCUGCGGGUGAGGGCUUGGGACAGUGCCUUAGAGAACCAGCGCUCAGCCCUUGCUCGAGUGUUAGUGACAGUACUCGACAUCAAUGACUGUCCACCUGAGUUUGGUGCAGCUAGCAAACUGACAGUUGAUGUUCCGGAAGACUUACCCUUGGGUGCUGUGGUCGCCACCCUUCUGGCAACUGAUCAAGAUCUUGGUGUAGGUGGUCAACUCAAGUACAGUCUCGUCAGUGGUCACGAAGACUCGUUCCGCAUGGAUGAAGAGACGGGGGUGGUGCGUCUAGCAAGAUCUCUAGAUUAUGAAACACGACAGUCAUACAAUGUGACAAUACGUGCACAAGACGGAGGUUUCCCGCCUCUAGAAGCUUAUGCUUCUCUCUUCAUACGUAUUCACGACGUAGACGAAACCUGGGUCCUCCAGUGUUUCCCCAACGAGUGGUGCUGGGGUGGGUGCAUGAGAACUUGGCCCCGGGCUCCCUGGUCACCACCCUCACUGCGAGGGACCCAGACGGAGGCCGUCUCCUAUACCAUCACUGCUGGGGAUGGUUUGGGCUACUUCACCAUCGACAGAGAAGACCUGACCCGUGCCACUGCCCUUUCCUAA